GCCUAGUGGGCGGGGCCCUGGGGCCGCUCAAUUUGUCCUUGCUCCUAAUCCCCCGCGGGCCCCUCAACCUGGAGCGGCUGCAUUCUUGGCUGUCUUCCGGUGUUGGGCUCUUCCUUACUCGGAUCGUGUCCCGGGAAUGUCCUAACGGGGCUCGCUGGGGGGACUUCACUCCACGCCUGGAUUGUGAAUCGAGAAGUGGAAGUUGACAGUUUUGCUCCCGUGCUCCCGGAUCUGCCUCUUGCCUUCGCGGUCUUGUUUGCCCGGGAUUGUCAGUGGGCUUGCCCGGAGGAGAGCUGACCGUCCCGGGCCGCUGCUGACCUCCGGCAGAGCGGAGCCAAAAUGUCCCCGGAAUCCAAAAAGCUUUUCAACAUUAUUAUUUUAGGAGUUGCUUUUAUGUUUAUGUUCACUGCCUUUCAGACUUGUGGAAAUGUGGCGCAAACUGUCAUCAGGAGCUUAAAUAGCACGGAUUUUCACGGCAGUGGAUAUACCAGCAUGGCAAUUAUUUAUGGAGUGUUCUCUGCGUCCAAUUUGAUCACGCCAUCUGUGGUCGCCAUCGUGGGCCCUCAGCUCUCCAUGUUUGCCAGCGGUUUAUUUUACAGCAUGUACAUUGCCGUUUUUAUCCAGCCUUUUGCCUGGUCCUUCUACACGGCGUCUGUGUUCAUUGGAAUUGCGGCGGCUGUACUUUGGACAGCGCAAGGAAACUGCCUGACAAUCAAUUCAGAUGAGUACACUAUUGGGAGAAACAGUGGAAUUUUCUGGGCGCUCUUACAGUCCAGCUUGUUCUUUGGAAACCUCUACAUAUAUUUUGCCUGGCAAGGGAAAACCCAAAUAUCAGAGAGUGACCGGAGAACAGUGUUCAUUGCCCUAACAGUGAUUAGCCUCGUGGGCACCGUUCUGUUUUUCCUCAUUCGGAAACCAGAUCCUACAAAUGUCCUUGGAGAAGAUGAGUCUUCCGAUGACCAAGACCUGGAAAUCCACGAGUCUGCCCAGAACAAUAUGACUAAGGCAGUGGAUGCGUUCACUUCUGCCCUUCGCCUUAGCUUCUUUGUCUGCCCUGGACAAACUCCUCCCCAUACAGAAAAGUCUCUUAAGCUGUGUGUCACCAAGGAGAUGCUCCUCCUUAGUAUUACCACUGCUUAUACAGGUCUGGAAUUGACUUUCUUCUCUGGUGUAUAUGGAACUUGUAUUGGUGCCAUAAAUAAAUUUGGAACAGAAGAAAAAAGCCUCAUUGGACUUUCUGGUAUUUUCAUCGGCAUUGGAGAAAUAUUAGGUGGAAGCCUUUUUGGCCUGCUGAGCAAGAAUAACCACUUUGGUAGAAACCCCGUUGUGCUGCUGGGCAUUCUGGUACACUUCGUGGCUUUCUAUUUAAUAUUCCUCAACAUGCCCGGGGAUGCCCCCAUCGCGCCUGUGGAGGGAACUGACAGCAGCGCCUACAUCAGGCCCAGCAAAGAAGUUGCCAUUCUCUGCAGUUUCCUGUUGGGGCUGGGAGACAGCUGCUUUAAUACCCAGCUGCUUAGCAUCCUGGGCUUUCUCUACUCUGAAGACAGUGCACCAGCCUUCGCCAUCUUUAAGUUUGUCCAGUCCAUCUGCGCGGCCGUGGCCUUCUUCUACAGCAACUACCUGCUGCUUCACUGGCAACUCCUGGUCAUGGUGGUGUUCGGGUUCUGGGGAACGCUCUCCUUCUUCGCCGUGGAGUGGGACGCCGCUGCCGUGGUGGCCCGGGGCUCCGACUACCGAAGCAUCUAGGGAGCCGUGCUCACCGCAGCCCGCCGGCGGGCACCGACCAUGGCUCCAAGCAAGCAGACGGACCAGCCAGCCAGCCAGGCAGCCUCGCAGGUUGCAGGGCCGGGACUGAGGCGCAGAAGGGAGGUCUGCGGUGUCAGCCACAGGUGGCCCCAGGUCCCCUCUCAUCAUGUUACCAAACGGGAGCUGCCCCGCCGGCUCCGCGCUGGAUGCCAGGCGGGCGUCACCCAGGACUCCCAGGUACGAUUGUGUUCACUAUGUAGUAAUCAGAAGCAUGUGCUGCCCCCUGUUAUCUGGGAAUGACACUCAAAUAAACUGAGAAGCAGUCAGA